CCCUGUCAGGGUACGUAGUCAUGCACUCGCUUCGCCACCGUCAGCGUCGGCGGGCCGGGGCCCGCGGAAGGGCCGCUGCCCCCUCGCCCUGCCAGUGUCAGAGCCGCGGAGCGGCGCGGGGCACUCAGGUGGUCUAACUAAGCCAGCCUCGCCGCCCAUGGAAGCCCGCCGGUUCUGGCUGUGGCUCUGGCUGGGUCUGGCCAGGCUGCUGAGCCUUCCGGUGGUGAGCGGCCUGCCCCUACUCCCCGGCCCUCGGGACGAGGUCCUGGCGGCGGCCUUGCAGCGGCUGCGGGAGGUCUUCGACGUCGAGGAGCUGCCGCCCGACUUCCUGCCCCACAAGAAGCCGCCUCAGUUCAUGGUCGACCUCUUCAACAAGGUGGCCUACGCCAACGGCAUCACCCGCGCCCCGGGGCUGCUGGAGGGAGACGUAGUGCGCAGCUUCGAGGACCGAGAUGCCUCUUUUCCAGUUCACGUGGACCAGUACCACUUCUACUUCGAUAUCAGUGCGAUGGAGAAGGGCGAACAGAUGCUGAAAGCUGAGUUCAGGGUCUUCAAGCUGAAGAAGGCACAUGUGUCUAGCGGGUCUGAUGUGAAACACUUUUGCAAAGUGGAAGUGUACGAGAUCUUGGAGAGUGGAAGUACGCCACAAAAGCAGCACCUCGUUGCAUCAAGAUUAUUGUCCUUGUACACAGAAGGCUGGGAAGUAUUCAAUGUCACACAGACAGUUUCCAAGUGGGUCAGAAACAACAGCUCAAAUCAUGGCUUUUUGAUAACUACAACACACGUAUUCAACAACAGAGUUGAGCACAACCUGAUAAAGUUUGCUAAGAGCCAGGGUCCUUUGCAGGAGAGCAGAAAUGCUCUCCUUGUCCUCUUCACCAACAGUAACAAACGGAGGUCUUCCAGUUUUGUACUCUCUUCCACAAAGAUGAACCCUGCAAAAAAUGGUGCUGAAACUCAGAUCAUAGGAAGCAGCAAUGCAAGCAUGAGCAGGAGACCUCGAGCUGCUGCAGUCCCUUUUGCCAAAAGCCAGGUAACAGCAUGCCAUCGAAGGGAGCUCUAUGUUGAUUUCCGUGCUAUUGGCUGGUCAGGAUGGAUUAUUCACCCCAGUGGAUACAAUGCAUUUUAUUGCAGAGGAUCCUGCCUUUUCCCUUUGGGAGAAAACCUAAAUGCAACAAACCAUGCUACAGUUCAAUCUAUAGUCCAUACACUUAAACUGUCCCAAGAUGUCAGCACUCCCUGCUGUGUGCCAGAUGAAUUGAAGUCCCUCAAUCUUCUCUACUUUGAUGACAAAGAGAACGUGGUACUUAAAAAUUAUAAAGACAUGGUGGCAACAAGAUGUGGUUGCCAUUAGCAAGACCUGGUUUUCAUCUGUGUUUGACACGUGCUUGGAUUCAGUUCUCCAUUCGCCACUGAAGAUACAAAGGAAGAUGUCCUUUUAGUUUAUCAGGCAGGAGAGCCAGAAAAUCAGCUCUGCAUUGUAUCCUUCUGUCCUCACCAUGGCUAUGUUGAAAGGUGUUCAAGGCUGGCUUUCUAAGAAUUAUGAACUUCUGGAGAGUACGCUGCCUGCAUGGAGAGCUGCUUGACUACCUUUACAGCAGAGGAAAUCAUUAAAAACAGGAGCGUUGAGUGUUCACAUUAAGGCAUAAUUCUGUAUAUCGAGGCUCAGAAGUUCAGUAUUUAACAUUCAUGGUAAUCCUGCCUCAAUCCAGGAUGUGAUGCAGGUCUCUUAGCAACACAACCUUACUUAAUUUUGACUGCAUAAUCCAAUGAGGACAUACACUCCUACCUUUCAGGAGAAGAGUUUGCCUAGAGCUAAUCUCAGAGGCGUCUACCAGCUACAGCUCAUAUAUUACUUGGGAGUAUUCUUUCCCUGUAUUUUUAUGUAGCCCUGCCAAAUGCAGGGACAGCCUUUAGGUCUCCUUAGGACUUGCUAACCAAUCCAGGUGAACACAUAGGUCAGUAUUUGGGAAUCAACACAUUUUAUUUCCAACUCAGGGCCUCAGCUCUAUGUGGUGAAGGGUCAGCUGCUCACUCUGGUUACAAAAUCAGUCUCUUUCACCGUGGUCUGCUGUGGCUGUUAGGCUGUGUGGCAGCAGAUGCUGUCUGUGUAUCUAUACAAUAGCUGUACAAUGAGAUUCUAAACUUUGGUCAAAAUCCCCAUAGUUUAGCAAGAAGAAAGAAGACCAUUAAGCUUUGGAGGUCCAUCAGAAGAUGCUGGAUGCUGGCCUGGUCUUGUGUCUGAUGCAGAUUUCA